AUGAAAAAGUAUUGGUUUUGCAUUUCAGCUUUUUAUUUAUCUUUUAACAUACUAUCAAAAUGUAAAGAAUUAGAGAAUAAAAAUCUUCAACCUUUGGCCGCCUACAAGCGGGAUGACAGCCCAGGAAAUGAUUUUAAAAAUAGAGAAGCGGAAGGGGAUCAUCAUGUCAAAAUUAAUAAUGGGUCAAAUUACAAUGAAUACUCUUUUUUAUCGUUAAAGGGUGGUGUUAUAUUUAACCAGUACUAUGUAGCCAAGUUAAUUAAUACUAUACUAUAUAGGGGACUCCUCAUAAAGGGCGAGUUUCACAAGAAUGUUGCCAUUUAUGAGUCUCUCUCUCGUACCAACUACUUUUUCUACCUAACUGUAAUGAAUCAGAAAAAUGUGAGGAGCAUUGUCAAAUUAAUAUCUAUGGCACACGAUUCAAGGAAAAAACACGACGUGUUCAGAAAGCAACUCAUAAACUACUUUGACAGCCCCCCUUUCCCACUGGACGAUGCUUUCAAAAAUGAAAUGGACCACGCCCUAAUGAUAUACAAGAAAGCGAAAACUGACGCGUACUGGGGCAUGGUCGAUGCAUUAAAAAAUGAUGGGCUGCUCUUAGCAAGAACCUUUAUGUCAGUGUCAUUCGUCCAAAGUCUGAGAGGAAUGAUUGGAGUUAUAAAUUACGAGUUGAUAGAUCUGUGUUUUUCAAAAGCAUAUAUGUACAACGGGAUCGCCUCUUUUGAUAAGCUUAUAAUGAACAACACUUAUGGGGUUAUCAUUUCUUAUGUCUUCAAGUCGCUGUUACUAUUUUUCUACCCCCUCGUGAUUCCAUUCCGUGGAGCCUUUUCCUUUGCCCUAUCGUCCUUCUGCAUUACGCAGUUGAGCAAAAUAGUUUUCUUAAUUUAUAGAAAUAUAAAACGCCUCGUUCGAAUAUCAUACCGAAAGUUGUAUAGCACCAUUUUGAAGUUCAACGUAUUGAAGUUUCCGGAACUGCAACCGUACGCCUCGAAAUUGCUAUAUGGAGACGCCUUAAUCUUAGUAUCCAAGAUUUGGAAGUUAUCUUACGUAAAUGUCACUCAGCAUUUGAGCGGAAAAAAUUUAACCCCCAUUUUGAACAACUUGUUUGAAAAAAAUCUUGGCACUGGCUUUUUUGAGUUUAGCAAUUCGCUCUUUAAAUACGUUAUAGAUUCCAUGGAGGGCAUGCAGUUGAUAAGUACGAAAGAGGCAGAUCUCGAUAAGGAAGCCCAGUACAACACUCAAACGUUCAAGAGGAUCCUGAUGAUUCUGAAAAUCACGAGAAAAGUGCUCUACUAUGAGGAGUCGUACGUGCGACUAGCCGUGGCUAAUCUUCUAACAAAAAUUUACACGCUCCUCUUCGUGAACGUAAAUUAUAUCAGUAAGAUGCCCCCCAAGGAAUUCUUUCACGCUGAUGUGGAGUCGGAAUUUAGAUACAUCUAUGAGGAUCAAGUGUAUGAAAUGUUCUUACAAAGAAUCUCUUCUGAUAUUAUGAGAAAACCAUUUAUAAAAAGAAACAUUAAAAGAAUCAAUAGAGGAAGUAUAGAAUUUACUCUCUCCCUUGUCAAGAUAAAACUUCUCCACUAUAAAUCCUCCUUAAAGUUUCCGUACGCCAGUCUGUACUUCGAUGAACCUUUAAAAAAACAGUUAAACGCUUCCAUGAAAUUGAUUAUCAUAGGAUCAACAGGAAUUAUAGCCAACCUUGUAAAUUAUGGAGAGAAAUAUGAAAUACUUAAGAAGUGCCCCCUGGAAAUAGCUAAAAAUCUAAACCAAAUGUGUAACUACGGCAGCUUUGACGUAAAAAAAAUGCUUUUCCCAUUGAACAUUUUUAUCAAUCUGCUAAUUCCUCUGUUCUUAAAUUACAACGAUAUUAUGAUAAACAAAAAUAUAAUAGAACAUAUGGUCAAUUUUUUUAAAGUCAUUUUGGAUUCUAAAGAUUUAUACCUUUAUCAUUACCUAAAAAAUGUAGUAGACACUAUAAAGAAAACGGAAGGUGAAAAUUUGGAAGAAAUAAAUUACGACGAGGAAAUUGAUAAAAUUAUUUUGGAAGAAAUUCACAAAGUCAUAGAUGAAGUAAAUAAUGAAAAAAGUAGUUCUCUAGUUUUUAGUAAUUAUUCCAUGAAAAAUAACGAUCUUUAUCUGCACAAUAAAAAUGGACAAUUGUUUAAAUUUCUCUUCAAGGAUAGCUACAAAAAGGAAUUCUUUUCUAAACUUGUACACUUGCACGAUUAUAGAAACCCUUUAUCCUUUCAAGUUCCAUUAAUUAAAUUCGAACCUUCCAACAGCGACGAUGGAAAUUUGAUUGUGGGAUCAUUCAUGGAUAAAUUUGAAGGAAAGUUAAGCGGAUGCUAUAUGUGCCUAAAGGAGGACGAUGAUGUUUUGGUUGUCGACUUGAUUCAUCACGUUCUCUGGGCGUCUGGUGUCGACCGUUUUAGCGCCUACAUUUUUUCCUCCAUGAUCGGAGCGGUGAAGCAAUAUUUCCACCAAGGGGUCUCUUGGAACAGAGCGCUGCUAAACAUGCUUCCCUCUGAGUUCUAUGAAGUGCACAGGCUGUUCAUGGAAAAAACUCCUCACACGAAGGACAGAUCAGAAAACAUAUUUAUAAAGCGAAUUAGAAAAUAUAGAUUCAAUCUAAACCAGACAUCAUUCUCGAAAAUGUUUAAAGUAUUUUUAGAAAAUGUGCUAAAUAAGGUAAAUUUUUUCAACACAGAAGAGGCCACCAUAAUUUUGAUGAUGUCAACAUUAUAUUCUAUCUAUAAGAACAUUGAAAAACACGAAAUACCUACAAGUGAAACCUACAAGCUGUAUCAGCAGAAACUGAUAGAGGUGUACUAUCGAGUUGAUUACUACGCCCACAAUUAUGAGGCACACACCCUGCACUUACUCGAGGAGAAGAAAAAGGAAUAUGGCAUCGACGAAGAAGAUGAAGGCGAAAAUAAAAAUGAUAAGAAGGAUAAGGAUGAGGAGGAUGGUAAAGAAUCGGAAAAACCUCCCAAAUCGCAAAAAGAGGAAGUGCACAUCGAACUACCCCUAGAUGAUGAGCUUGUGCAAAAAACAAAGUCCCUACAACAAGAAGUGGAAUCAAGGGAAGAAGAAAGGAACAAAAUUAUAGCCGAAAUAGAAUCAAAGCAUGGGCAAUUGCCACAUAAGGAAAAAUUCUCCCAUUUGCCCACGAAAUGUAUGUUCCUCCUAUACUACGAUUUUGCACCCUUUAUUAAAGACAACAUAAAAGGCAUAGAACAAGUCACCAACAAUUUAACGGGAAGUACCAUCGAUAUGAAAAAUGUGAGGAAUAUGAAUCUUGUACAAACGGAGAAAACCAAGUACGCAUCAAUCGAUGAGAAAAAUCUCAUAAAAAUAUUAUGCGGUACGUACUUAUUUUUAAAAAAGGAAAAUAUUUCUAUUGAUGAUAUUUUCAAAUUCACUUAUGCGAAUGAAGCUGUGAAGCACUUGCUGAUAAUAAUAUCCUUACUGAGAAUAGAGAAAAAAACUGAUCGAUACACAUGGAAAAAAUUCUUAACUUUGGAAAAAUUCCUAGAUCAAAGGGAAAGGAUAUAUAAAACGCCCAUGAAAUAUCUGUACUUAAAAUUGUUAAAUGUGAAGAGAAUUUUCGGCUUUACCCACAGAAAGUUGUUAAUGUCUUUAGGAAAAAAAAUUAAGGGAAAGAGAUUCUUGAACAUAUUAAGAUACACGGCAUUCUUUGAAAUUUUAGAAAAUGCUGAAAAUAUGAAUUCUGUAUACCCCUGGAUCUUCAUCAAAUUUGAAGAUAUAAUGAUGUUCUCAAAUGUUUUUCAAAAAUUCAAGUUCCCUAUUAUAAGAUAUACUUCCAGUCAAGAAACGGUCAGAACCAUGUUGAACAAUUUCAAGCUCUCUCCUAACACUUCAAUAAAUAAUGAAGAAAUUAUACUGCGAAUUUACAAUAUUAUUAAUUUAAUAAUAAAGAAAAAAUAUAAUUACGAUUUAAAUGAACUUAGAAAAGACAAAAAAUACUUGGAUGUACAUUCACAAAAUAAAAAUGAACAUAUUUUAAAUGAUAUCAAAAUUAAGCCUGUAGUCGAUCAGUACCUAUCUCAGCUAAUUGGAUUCAUGAAAUUGUUAACAGAUAUGAGAUUUACCAACUUUUUAUUUUUGAGAAAUUUUUACGUUUUCAUAAAAUUCUAUGCAGUAACAGGAGAUUUAGAUUAUUCUAUGAAUAGCUCAGUAUUCUACCUAGCCAGUCGAAACUACUUAAACUUUAUUCUCAACUCUAUCAUAGAAUUUGAGAACUUUAAAAAGUUUAUAGAGAAAAUAAAAAGAAACAACAAUAUCAAGAAGUACCCGAUCGAUCAUUUCAAUUUCUACACGGAAUGUCAAGCGGUGGAUGACAUCAAAACCUAUGUCUUUGUUCCAGAAGAUAAGGAAAAAAUUAACAAAUAUUACGAAAUUAUAUCGUAUGAUAUUAACAACUUUUACAAGAACUACUUACUUAUAGAUCUAUUUUACGAUGACUUAGAUAUAAAAAAUUUAGAUACCUAUUACCAGAAAAUUGCAGAUGCUACUGAUUACAAUAUCGGUCCCAUGUCAGACAUAUAUAUUCCUGGUGGAAGAAAAAGAAAUAGAAUCAUUCCAAACAACGAUGUUGAAAUGAUAAAUAAAACGGUGAAAAAUUAUAUUUAUCUAGAAAAAUUUCUAGACAAAACUAACAUCCCAUCCAUACCAUUUGUCGAUUUUAACAUCGCGAGAGACGUUAAUGGAGUCAGCUUUACCUUCACCAACAGAGCUACCACACCACCUUUCUAUAAAGAAAAUAUUCUUGACCAAUUUGAUAUUAUCGGAAAAUCUAUUGUAGGAAAAUAUUACCAAAAGAUUAAGUGCUCUUUUGUCACCUACCCUUUUAAUUUGUACUACUGGUUUGUUUUGAAUCCAGGAAAACCUCGCGUAGAAACUGUAGGUAACGUUGGACUUAUCAAGGAAGAAGAUUUAAUAUCCAAAACAGAUGAAGAAAAAAAGUUAGAACAACAGAAGCGUGAUGAACAACUUGUAGAGGAUCUCUUUAAGGAAGAAGUGGAAGCGGAGGAUGGUGUCAUGGAUGAGGCUGAAAAUUUGGACGAUACAUUCGCAUCUGGAGCAGAUAUGACAGAGACAGAAUUCGAAGAUGAUGUUCUCCACGAUGGAAAGGGUUCCAAGAAAGAUGAAGACUCCCUCUCCUAUGUGAGCGCCGCGUCUGAUUUGUCUACCGGAUCGUUCGAAAGCCUCGCCAGUGCAACAUCUAAGGCGUCGACUACUACUCUUGGAAGCGCCACCUCCAUGGGUUCUACCACUACUAUUGGAAGUGCCACCUCCAUGGGUUCUACCACUACUAAUGGAAGUGCUUCAUCCAUGGGUUCUACCAAUACUCUUGGAAGUGCCUCAUCCACCAGAAGCACCAUCCCCGGGUCCAGAACAUCGAUAAACUUCCUUCAAACGGACAACUUCCUGCAGACCGGAAACUUCCUACAAAUGGCCAAGAAGGAAGACACCGAUGGAAAGAAAGGAAUUUUCCAAGCAACAGAAGAAUCAGAAAGGACGAAGAAUUCCAAACAAACAAACGAUCUAAGUUUCCUGCAAAGAAGUGAAAGUAAUCCACUCCCAUUUCUGGACACCAUGAUACAUGAAAGAAGUAACAUGGAGAAAGAAAAAUAUGGAUAUUUUAACAGACCAUACAACAUGUAUGUUAAUAAGACAAACAUAUUUAGAAACUUCAGUGUGAUAAUGAAAAUUGUGCAUACGAUAAUUUCGUUAAACAAAUUUUCUGUUGUUUCUCCAGUCGAGAUAAUCAAAAAGGGGCUCAGCAUUAUGAAGGGAAAAAAUAAAUUUUUAAAGAACCACCAUUUGAAUCCAUUCAUUAACAAAAUGCUCCUAGACAUUAACGAUGUAGUGCAGAAACUUAAGUCAAGUAGCGAAAAAGGAUUUAUAGGAUCCAGAACGGAUAUAAUAUCGCUAUACAGAAUAAUUGAGUUUCAGUUAUUCAACGAAUUCUUAAUUUAUCCACCAUUAAAAAGACUGACAGAUAGAGAACUGCAUUAUGUGUUACAAGUUAUUAACGAAGGUUAUGCUUUCCACAUAAUGAAGGUAAAGUCCAUGUUAAAGAGAGAAGUUCUAGUGAAGGAAAAAAUUGUGCGUUUUUUAAACACAUUUAAAGAGUAUAGAAAUUUAUUCGACGAUACAGCCAUAGAUAGACUAGUGCAGAUGUUCCAAGAAUCAUUAGAUUGUAAAGAUAUAAAAUGUUUCGAUCUCCUCUUCAACAACUUCAUAACACAUCGUUACAAUAACAUAAUAAUGCACGUAACGAACAAAAGUGAAACUUUUAAUGUACUAGGAGAAAUAUUUAAAAAUCCUGAAGGAUUGACGGAAGUACGCGUACAAGUACAUGAGACUUAUAUCGAACCAACCAGAAGACAAAAUAUGUAUGAAAAUUUUCAGGUGGAAAGUAAUGUGGUUUUACACCCUAAAUUAACAUAUAACGAAUUAUUACUAAGUUCACUUGAGUUAUCUAAAAAAAUAGAAAUAUGGAAUUCUAUGUAUACCCUAUUUAACAUAAGACAUAUAUAUGUCAAUAUUGGUUACCUCCUCCUUGGAUUUAAGUAUCAAAUGAAGCGAUCCCACAGGAUUUUCCUUCAUACGUUUAAGUUCCUUGGAUGGCUCAGGAAGAAUAAAAGGGAUGAAAUAUACAUUCCAUGA